AUGCUCAACUAUUGGUUAUCCAAAUUUGUUCAAGAGGUGGCAAAGUGGUCAAAAGAUCAAUACCCUCCGGAAACAUUGUACCAGAUUGUCUGCGGCAUUCGCCAAUUCUUGGUAGAAAAGAACUUAGCCAUCGAGUUCAAUCCCUUGGACUCUUCAGACAAAAGGUGCGUGAAUUGGCGUUAUUGGAGAGGGGUGCCAUUUGAUAUUUUAAAACUUUAGGAAAUUGCAUCGAAUUUUUCUCUUUUCGUCGUUAGAUUUGUUAUCUUCAGACGAAUAUUGGACGCAGACAUGAAGGAUGGGACUCGAGCUGGCAUUGGUUUGAAAGCGAAACAAAAAGAAAAAGAGCCAGUCAGGUUGUAA